AUGGACAGUCAAGACGGCGGGCCACCACCCAGAAAGCGCGAGUCUCGCUCUGGAACCCGAAAAGUCACUGCUCUCUCUUCCGAGCAGCUGGAACGGAAACGUGCAAACGACCGGGAAGCUCAACGAUCCAUUCGACAGCGCACCAAAGAGCAUAUCGAGCAACUUGAGACACAAGUUUCGUUCCUGCAGGCCCAGAUUGCGGAAAUGCGAUCCCACAGUGAUCAAUUUCAAGAAAUACUUCAAAGAAAUGCUGCUCUAGAGGACGAGGUCGGUCGCUUGAAACGCCAGCUGGCCUAUUCAGGCCAUUCCGGAAUGGCAGUAGAUGAUGAAGAAGUUCUUCCUUACAGAAGUAGUUGGCAUUCUGGUGAAGAGCCUGGGAAUUCGGCGUCGGCUCACAAUGAUUCCAACACCUCAGCUUACCGGAUCAUCUCAUCCUUUGUCAUCGAGGCUUCCUCGGACACCAUCGGCCUCGAUCAUCGCACCCUCAAGAUUGGCCGCAAUACACAAACACGCGUUCACCGUCUCUCAGGAGAGUCCGCGGGGUCGGAGUUUCCAGGGCGCAUGGAGUCUUAUGUGAUAGACGGGCAUUUGCAACAGGGGACGCGUCUGGCGCUCCCACCAUCCAUCGCCCUCUCGGCGCCACAGAUCAGUUAUUCACCCAGCCAACAAUCAACUGAGAAUGCAUUUGGGGAGGUAUAUUCCGUAAGUCAGAGUCGGGGAGAGCAUUCGGACAACCUGCACUCGUCCUCGCAGUCUUCGACAGACCACGUUCCUUCUUCGUUUCUGCUAUCCCAACGAACCCAGGCCAUUUCCAUGCCUGGCGUCAGGGCUGAGGCCCAACCAGCAUCAGCCCAGUCUUACCAAGCAUCCGGAGCACCGUACCAGGAUUCCCUACCGAGACAAAGGGAUCUACACUACCCUUACCCUUGGAAGCCGCAAUCCUAA